AUGGCACCUCUAGGAAUAGCAAUUGUCGGUGGAGGCAUCUUUGUCAAAGAGCAACAUAUACCCGCUGCUCUUGCCUCUCCCCUACUUUCUAUUAAGGCUAUCUGGUCCCGGUCUCGUAAGAGCGCAGAAGAAACCUCAUGGCUUGUCCCUGGUGAUGCUACUCCCUCGGUAGAUCUGUACUCAUCGGAUUCUGGAGAUGGCAAGUCUUAUGAAGACCUCCUUAAGCGCGACGACAUAACCGGAGUUAUAAUUGCUCUUCCAAUCUUGGAUCAGCCCGCAUAUAUUGAAAAAGCCCUGGCAGCCGGAAAGCAUGUCCUAGCGGAGAAGCCGAUAGCCAAGGAUCUUGAGACUGCUAAUAAGUUGAUCGCAUACUCGAAAGAAAUUUCGGCCGAGACCAAGGCGUCCUUGGCUAUAGCAGAAAAUUUCCGAUUUCAACCAGGCUGGGCCUACGGAGCUGAGGAGGUCAAGAAGCUCGGCAAGGUUACAAGCUUUGUGGUGAGGCUGCACUCUAUGAUGGAGGCAACUAAUAAGUACUACCUCACGCCGUGGCGGACAACGCCGCAGUAUCAAGGCGGGUUCCUUUUGGAUGGAGGUGUGCAUUUCACAGCUGGCAUUAGGAAACUACUAGGCCCAGAAAAUGCCAUUGACACCCUGAUGGCCCAAACCGCCUUGGUUUCAAGCCAUCUGCCUCCAGUAGACUCCAUCAAUGCGAUCUUGAAAACGAAGACUGGUGUAGUGGGUUCGUAUAUUACAUCUGUGGGAACAACUAUGGAUGCGUUCGAAUACCACAUCGCCUGCGAGCAAGGUGUUGUCAAGGCUGAGGGAGCCAAGGUAAUUACGAUCCGAGGAGUUGGGAAAAAUGCCGUCGCAGAGGAAAAAGUGUUCGAGAAGACCAGUGGGGUCAAGGAAGAAGUUCAUGCCUGGGCUGAGUCUAUUGUGUCGGAAGUACCAAACCCUAACCAGACUCCUGAACAGGCACUCGCAGAUCUAGAACUAAUUGAGAAAAUGCUGUCAAGCGGGGAGCAGAAUGGGGCGCGUCGGAAGCUGGAGUACCAAGGUUUCGUAUAG